AUGGUUGCAAGCAACAAAAGGCGAACGGAAGCUUUGUUCGAGGAGAAUGCAUUGCUGAAACAACAACUCGAGUCCAGCCGGUCUCCACCAGGCCGCAUUGACGAAACCUAUGACCAGGGCCACAUCUCAGCCGCCAAAACUGUAGCUGAAGACACCGCAACAAUAGAUUUACACUCAUCUCAGAGCAUACAGAACAUCGAUCCAACUGCAAGACCUCAGUCCUUGAGUUUCAGCCAUAACGAGAUACCAGCCUUGUUUACACCUUUGAGUCCAGAUCAACAACCCACCCAGGUCCAGCAGCUCCCGAAUGCUAGCAACGAUCCCACUCAACCUCGUGUCCUUGCUGGUAUCAGGGUUGAAGCCGACGAGGUUGACGAAUUGUUCAAAUUGCACGUUCACGUCACUCAGCGGCCCCGCGACUGA